AUGGGUACAACAAAUGAAAGACAAGUAAUCUGUAAGCUGAAAUAUGAGGUUGUUGAAGGUCGCACUACGGCUACGUACGUCUAUGCAACGUAUCCAGUCAAGUUUCUGCAUCCACGACGAAUCAUCAACCAGCGUUUUGAUACAUAUAUUACCUAUAUUCUGGGAUACGGUGGAGGUCUGGUUGCUGGUGAUUCCGUUGUUGUGGAAUGCGAAUUGGGUCAUGAUACAACAGUUGUGCUGGGAACACAGGCAACGACAAAGAUAUUCAGGUCAGAGGACGGUCAUUUUGUAUCACAGACUUUCUCCCUCAAGGUGGCGAAUAAUGCCACAUUGGCAUUCUUACCUGACCCUGUGACGUGUUUCAAGCACGCGAGAUAUCGACAGAAACAAGUGUUUUAUCUUGAAGCAGAUGCAAACCUGGUGUUUGUCGACUGGUUAACAAGUGGUCGAAAACGAAAUUAUUUAACCAGAGGCUCGAUUCGUGAUAAUCGUAAGGAGACUUUGGAGCACUGGGACUUUGACGAGUACGAUACGUUGUCGGAGAUUUUUGUCGAUGAUGAGCGACUUAUGACGGACCGUGUUCGAUUGAUAGAUGAUGAAGAUACGAGUCUUCGUCAGCGCAUGCAUGGCAUGCACGUACUGGGUUUAAUGGUAGUUGUCGGGUCAAAGUUAACGAUCAUCAUGGAUGAGCUACUAGAGCUUAGUACCCGCAAGAAACUCCACAAUGCACAGGAGAUGACACCUCAAGGCCGUCUUGCAGCGGCGAAUACGUUUCCAGGAGUCAUUGCGUCAGCAAGUUCUAUGGGCUCAAAUGCAGUGAUUGUGCGUUUCUGUGGCAAAGACUCGGAGUCUGCCAUGACUUACGUCAAGGCGAUGCUGAAUCCGCUGAAGGAGAUGAUCGGUUUUACUCCCUAUCAACAACAUCGAUGA